GGCAGGGGGAAGACCAGUAGGCCGGUGGGUUGAAGAUGGCGUCGAAGCGGCCGGUGCAGGUGACGGAGGAGACGGUGGAAAUGUCAGCCGAGUCCAGCCAUGGGGAAGAGGACGAUGCCCCCGAUGAGGUGGCGUUCAGUAGCGCCCGGGAAAAGGCCGAGAGGACGGUGAAGGCGGCGCUGGAGAGUGUGCGGAGAGACAAAGUCUUGCUGAAGGAAAAAAGAAGAAGAAAAAUGGAACUGUUCAGAAAGCAGAAGAAACGCAAGUUGCUCCCUGAUGCUGUUCUUCAACAGAUUGCUGCAAUUCCAGAAAAGAAAAACCAGGCAUCUGAUACCAGUAACAAAGGUCGUGUUAGUGCUCCUGUCCAGAAACCUGAUCAAGAUAGUGGAUUGGAGGAAGACGCUGAAGAAUGUAUAAAUCUCAGGUGGAGAGCACGCUACAAGGCUGUUCGUUUAAAGGAUCAUGGUCAAAAAAAUUGCCAGGUUAAAAGAGCUAAAAAUUUCAUUAAGAAGCAACUCUAUGGCCCUGCGAGUGGAAGAACCAGUGUCAAUGAAUACUUCUCAUUUGAAAAUAAGAGAAUUCAGAAGGCUGCAAUGCAAUUUGUCGACCCGUCCUGGCGCUCAAGUGAAAAACAAAAAGCUGAAAAGUUUCGAAAAUCAUGGAUGCAGAAGCAUGGUCCACUUGGAAGAUGAGAGAAUGGGGUUACUGGGGGGGAAGAAUGUCCACACUGAUUCUUAAACGAAACAAACACUCAACACAUCAGUACUGACCUUAGCUCUCCAGGAGAGCAGAGAGUUUUCUAUACAAAAGUGAAAUAUUUCAAUAUCUUGUACAAUUUAUAAUUUCCAUUAAAUAUUUGAUGUUACUUGAUCUGGUUCUAUUUUAACAAAAUAAUGAUGACACUUUUUGAAUGUUUAAAAAAUAUUUCAUUGUAUAGGUAUUAUAAAACAAACCUGUUAAUACUUGGUUGUUCAUAACAUGCAAUUUAUUUUUGUUGAACAGAUUUAAUGACAAGCUACUGGAUGUGAUCAGGGCUGUUGGUUUACCUUAAUUUCACUGCUUGAUACGAGAUUCCAGGACAUCAUGUGUUUGAGCUUUGCAAUGUGUGACACUUCAGUGGCUAAUUAGAUCAAAGUUUGCAGGGUGAUUUCUGUUUUGGCAUUCUCAUGCUUCCCACUUGUGUAGGUUACAGUAAAGCUGAUUCCACUGAACAAACCCAGUGGGUGUGAUAACAAAAUCUGCCAUUCCAAUAUGUAAGUUGCAAUUCAUUGCUUUUCUUUGAUGUUAGUGAGAAUUUAGAAGGAAACUUGCCUUGUUUAUGUUAUCAGGCCUCUAAUUCCAGUCCCAAACCAAAGUAGUUGAGUGUUAGGUUACGUUCUAGGGCUAUUUCAGAGGGCAGUUAAGGAUAGGUAUAAAAUGCUUCAAUCCCUGAAAAUUGCAGGACAGAAUGGUGAAAAAGGCACAUGUGGUAUUUUCCUUCUAUUAGCCUACACAGGAAGAUCAUUAGAAUUGUUUGAGAACGCAGUUGUUACUAUAGAACAGCACACAGUUCUGGUCACAUUACAAAAUAGAUGUAGUUGCAUUAGAGAAGGUCCAAAGGGGAUUUAUAUGGAUUUGGGCAGGGCUGAAGAAGUUUACUUAAAGAGGACGGAUAGCUGAGCUGAUAAGGGUUGUUUGCUUUGGAAGAGAGAGAGUGUUCAGCUGGAGGACAUUAAGAGGUGGAAAUGGGUGGGAGUGACAAAAUAGACUUAAGGUGGUUGAUUGGCUUGGUUGAAAUUGAUUGAGUUGAAAAGAUUUACCACCUAGGGUGUUGCAAGAUGGAGUGGGGAAGGUCAAGACUUUAUUGCCUUGGCAUUAGAUACGAUAUUAGCUAUGAAGAUCACAGGAAUGAGUUGUGAAGUAGACAAUUUUUUUUCCAAGCCAAGCUACACAUGAUGGGUUUGAAGGUUCUCUACUCGUAUUGUAAAUGCCUAGGAUUCUGAGGAUGGGGUGGACCUCACAUAGUUUGAGGUCCACCAACCUGCAUCUUUGUCUGAAACCAGAAGCAGUACCCAAAAGGUCUGUUUGCUGAAUUAAUUAUGCAUGCCUUCUGCAACUAUGAACUGGUUGCAUUACAUCACCCAUAAGGGAAGGUAGGUGCCAAAGUCAGCAGAAAAUUUAGCAUGCUACUCUGAACUCAGCAUAGUACAGUACAGCACCUAGUACAGUAAAUAUUGUAUUUUACAUCCUCUUGGCUGGGUUUCAAACAUUAACCUAUUCAUGAACAAAUAUGUAGUGGUAUAUUUUUGUCCAUUUUCUAGGCCUGUUAGUUCAUUCCAUCGAUUUCAUUCAAGUUCUCAAAUUGAGUACCCUUCCAGCAUAUCUGAUGAAAUGACAUCUUCACCAAAACUUGAGCUGAAGCAGUCUUUAAUUUCAUGCAUCUAAAAAUCCUCCAAAAAUAGUUUGUUAAAUUAGAACAGGAGUAAGCCAUAGGUGGUUGUGGCCUCAACUAAUUUUCCUACCUGGUUUUCAUAACCCACCACUUCCACUCCUCUUUUUCCCCCCCCCCCCCCCCCCCCCCCCCAUCUAAAUUGAACAUAGUCAAUGAAUCUGCCUGACCUUCUGCACAUGUUUAAUUUAGAGAAAAUCCUCCAUAGACUACACAUUAACUUUAGUUCUGAAUCUGCAGAAACAUUUGAUUAAUUGCUAAGAUUCAACAACUGACCAAGCUUAGGAAUAUCAAAUCAGAACAUAGAUCAGUACAGCACAGGAACAGGCCCUUCAGCCCACAAUGUUGUUCCAAACCAAUUACAUCAGUAAUAAAAUGCCCAACUAAACUAAUCCCUUCUGCCUACACAAUGUCCAUAUCCUACCAUUUCCUUCACAUUCAUGUGCCUCUCUGAGAGCUUCUUGAAGGCCCCUAUCGUAUUUGCCUUGACCACCACCCCAGACAGUACAUUCCAAGCACCCAUCACUGUGAAAAAAAAACUUCAACAGCAAGUUUUAAGUGCAGUAUUUUGCAGUGUGAUAUGCAAAUACUGUUCAGUUCAACUGCAAGAUAUUGCCCACAAUGACAUUACUGACAGACUUUCAAACUCUGUUCAUCUUAGGUUUGAAAACAGAAGGAUGGAAGACCUAUAUUCAGAUCAAAUCAGAUGAGAACUCUGCCUUUCCACUUUUUGUGGAAGGAAAAUCAUAGGCAUGGCAAGUAAACUUAGGAUACAAUAUUAGAUUCCAAAUACCUGGAACUGCAGAAGCAAUCUACACUUGUGGCAUGGUAAAGGUUAUCAAUAGUAAACACAAUCUAUUCUUCAUGGUUGAGUUUAAGCCAUGUAAUAACUGACAUUAACUUGGUAGUAAAGCAUCCUGCCCAAUUGUGGCAGCAAAACCAUUAAAGAACAUAUCUGGACAAAAAUCAGCAUGUGACCAAAUAUGGUUAAUAAAUGACAACCAGAAAGGAUUUACAAAAGGCAAAUCUCAAACAUUUGAUUGAGGUAGGACAAGUGGUAUGUACACCAACUGCCAAAGCAAAGCUUGUCCACAGAUGCAAGGAAGGGAAAGUGACAGCUUGAAUAUGAAAUGGGCCAAAAGAUAGAAAACAGUGGUGAACAGUUUUCAGACUGGAGGCAACACUAGGAUCACUGCUCCUUGAAGGCAUAAUUUCAGAGUAACUUUUGCAAUGGUAAGUCUUUGAUCCUUGCAGCUCUUGGCAAGAUCCAGCACGCUUCCUUCUCCAGCAGAAAUGAAAAAUGAGAAAGCUGGCAGCCAAAGGUGCUGAUAUGUAGAUGAAAUAUUGGGAUAAGUGCUAACAAAGUAGUACAGUUUUGAGGGGGAUGGUUGGAAAAGACACUAAGGAAUUUCCAUAGUCAUCUUUGCAAUGGCACAUCCAGUUGAUAAAUGUACUAGGGAUUCUUAACUUCAUAAAUAAUAAGUAAUGCUGCCUUAGUGCCCAUACCUGGACACUAUAUUUAACAGACUGUGUAAUGCAAAAGUUUGGGCACCCCAGCCAAA